AUGGUUGGGGGUGGAAAUGGAGAGUGGCCUGGUGGGGGGUUUAGUCCGGGUCCGAUGACUCUAAUUUCGAGCAUGUUUGGAGACAACGACGACUGCAAGACAUUCUCAGAGCUUCUCGCCGGCACUAUGUUGGAUGUGGAGCAUGGAGGAGGAAGAGGCGGUGGCUUCUCACCGCUGGCCAUGUUUAGUUCUUCACCUCAGCAACCACUAGCACAAGCCUAUUCAAAUGUUCAAAUCCAAUCUGAACAUUCAUUUUCUUCAUCAAUAGUGCCUACAAGCACCUCAUUGACACAACUUCAGGCAGUUACAUUCAACAACAUUGCACAACAACACAUACCUAACUCCCAGGAACCAAUAGCAAAAUCUGUUGAUUGUUCUUCCAACUUAGAACAAACGUUACAACAGUCUUGUUCUGUGAAUGUCGAUAAAGCUAAUGACGACGGCUACAACUGGAGGAAGUAUGGACAGAAACAAGUCAAAGGUUGCGAGUUUCCUCGAAGCUAUUACAAGUGUACACAUCUGAGUUGUCCCGUGAAGAAAAAAGUCGAACGCGAUCUUGUUGAUGGACAUGUAACUCAAAUUAUUUACAAAGGAGAGCACAUUCACGAACGCCCUCGUCCAAGCAAGCUCACGGAAGAUAAUUCAAAUGUGCAACAAGAGUUGUCAGGAGCAAGUGACAGCGACGAAGAAAAAGAUCAUGAAACUGAGAAAAAUUGUGAACCUGAUCGCAAAAGAAGGAGUGCUGUCUCAAAGCCUAGAAUCAUUGUGCAAACAACAAGUGAUGUAGAUCUGUUAGAGGAUGGAUAUAAAUGGCGCAAAUACGGGCAGAAAGUUGUCAAAGGAAAUCCGCAUCCAAGGAGCUAUUACAAAUGCACAAGCCCGGGUUGUAAUGUUAGGAAGCAUAUUGAGAGGGUUUCAACGGAUCCUAAAGCAGUAAUGACAACAUAUGAAGGAAAACAUAAUCAUGAUGUGCCAGCGGCUAAGACUAAUAGCCACACCAUUGCCAACAAUAAUAAUGCAUCACAGCUAAAAUCACAAAAUGCCAUACGUGAGAUUCAUGAUUUCAACAGAAGGGGUCAGCAGCAGGCUUCAGCAGUGGCACGUCUAAGGUUGAAGGAAGAACAUAUGGCAUAG